UGCCCCUUGCUGGCGCUCCGGUUCCCACACUGGGCUCUGGAGGGGCCAAUGCGCGAGGGCAGCAGCCCCUGAAGCCUAGCGGGGGAGGCUAAGACCGACCGACAGCCAAGAGAGGCCGAGCUGGGAGCAUGGGUCCAGGCCUGUGGGCGGCGUCCUGCCCUUCCCUGUGGCGGUGGCUGCUGCUGGGGACUGUGACAGUGGGGUUGUUGGCCCAGAGCGUCCUGGCGGGUGUGAAGAAGUAUGACGUGCCCUGUGGAGGAAGAGACUGCAGCGGGGGCUGCCAGUGCUACCCGGAGAAAGGAGGACGUGGUCAACCAGGGCCAGUCGGCCCCCAGGGAUACAACGGGCCCCCAGGAUUACAAGGUUUCCCAGGAUUGCAGGGCCGGAAAGGCGACAAAGGUGAAAGGGGAGCUCCCGGGAUAACAGGCCCAAAAGGAGACGUGGGAGCAAGAGGCGUUUCUGGAUUCCCCGGUGCUGAUGGAAUUCCUGGACAUCCAGGGCAAGGUGGACCCAGAGGAAGACCUGGUUAUGAUGGCUGCAAUGGAACAACAGGAGACGCAGGCCAAGAGGGUCCCCCAGGUUCUGUGGGACCUCCCGGCUACCCUGGACCUCAAGGACCCAAAGGACAAAAAGGCGAACCGUACGCAUUAUCCGAAGAGGAUCGUGACAAAUACAGGGGUGAACCUGGACAGCCCGGAUUGGUCGGUUUCCCGGGGCCCCCGGGCCGCCCUGGGUAUGUGGGACCCAUGGGUCCAGUCGGAGCUCCUGGGAGACCCGGACCACCCGGACCCCCUGGACCAAAAGGACAGCCAGGGAACAGAGGACUUGGCUUUUAUGGAGAAAAAGGUGAAAAGGGUGACAUAGGACUGCCAGGACCCAAUGGAAUUCCAUCAGACAACGAUCGUGCCAUCAUCGGGCCCGGGAAAGAAGUGAUUCACCCAGAUCAAUAUAAGGGUGAAAAAGGAAGCGAAGGGGAACCAGGAAUAAAAGGCAUCUCCUUUAAGGGAGAAGAAGGAAUCAUGGGCUUUCCGGGACUGCGGGGUUCCUCUGGCUUCGAUGGUGAAAAAGGAUUACCAGGACAGAAAGGAAUUAGAGGACUGGAUGGUUACCAAGGCCCUGAUGGACCCCAAGGACCCAAGGGAGAAGUGGGUGUCCAAGGCCCCCCCGGACCACCUGCCUAUUCGCCUCAUCCUUCCCUGGGAAAAGGUGCCAAAGGUGAAGCAGGAUUCCCAGGGGAUCGCGGGGAACCAGGAACCCGGGGUGAGCCAGGAGACCGCGGCCCACCAGGUCCCCCCGGCAUAUCCAUCGGAGCUGAAGAUGAGAAGAGAGGCCUACCAGGUGAAAUGGGACCCAAAGGCUUCAUAGGAGAACCAGGCAUCCCUGCUCUGUACCCCGGACCACCAGGAGCUGAUGGAAGCCCAGGGCUCCAAGGACCCCCAGGACUCCCAGGGCUACCUGGACCAGAUGGUUUUCUUUUUGGACUUAAAGGAGCAGCAGGAGCAGUGGGCUACCCAGGCCCUUCUGGGUUCCCUGGGGCUCGUGGACAGAAAGGAUGGAAAGGUGAUGCCGGGGACUGUAGAUGUGAGGGAGAUCAGUUCAUCAGGGGUCUUCCAGGGCUGCCAGGAUCCAAGGGCUUCCCCGGUGCCAAUGGAGAACCAGGGAAGAAAGGGGAUCAAGGCGACCAGGGCCAGCACGGUAUCCCUGGUUUCCCAGGGUUCAAGGGAGUCCCUGGUGAUAUUGGACCUCCUGGGCCCAAAGGAAUAAAGGGAGAUUCUAGAACAAUCACGACCAAAGGUGACAAGGGACAACCAGGUAUCCCAGGUGUGCCUGGGGUGAAAGGUGAUGAUGGAAUCCCAGGGCGUGAUGGGCUUGAUGGAUUCCCAGGCCUCCCCGGUCCUCCUGGUGAUGGCAUCAAAGGCCCUACAGGGGAUGCAGGUUAUCCAGGAGUACCUGGCACUAAGGGAAUUCCAGGAGAAAGGGGUCCUCCAGGAUUAGGCUUACCAGGCCCAAAAGGCGAACGUGGUUUUCCAGGAGACGUUGGACUACCUGGGCCACAUGGCUUUCCUGGUCCUUCUGGCCCCCCAGGCACUCCAGGACAAAUAGAUUGUGAUACAGGUGUGAAAAGGCCCUUUGGAGACAUAGGACAAGAGGCUGUCCAGCCAGGUUGUGUUGAAGGACCCAAGGGAUCACCAGGCUUGCCGGGACCGCAAGGCCCCACAGGUGCCAAAGGCCUCAGAGGAAUACCAGGAUUCUCAGGACCAGAUGGAGAUCCAGGGCUCAAGGGUUUCCCAGGAGAUCCAGGCCGUGAAGGAUUCCCAGGACCACCAGGAUUUGUGGGACCCCGAGGAUCCAAAGGUACAACAGGACUCACUGGGCCGGAUGGACAGCCAGGUCCCAUAGGCCUACCAGGGCCAGUAGGACCACCAGGUGAAAGGGGACUUCCUGGAGAAGUCCUGGGAGCCCAGCCUGGACCACGGGGAGAUGCUGGACUGCCUGGACACCCGGGGCUGAAGGGCCAACCUGGAGAGAGGGGCCCCCCUGGAUUCAGAGGAAGCCAGGGGAUGCCCGGGAUGCCAGGGCUGAAGGGUCAGCCAGGCUUCCCAGGACCUUCAGGCCAAACAGGACUGCCUGGACCACCGGGACUGCAUGGAUUCCCAGGAGCUCCUGGCCAAGCCGGGCCCUUGGGACUGCCAGGUGCCCCAGGCCACGGAGGUCUGUCUGGUGACCGAGGGGAUCCAGGAGACACAGGUUUCCCUGGCCCCGUGGGCAUGAAAGGCCUGUCUGGUGACAGAGGGGAUGCUGGCAUACUGGGUGAGAGAGGUCACCCAGGAAACCCUGGAUUCAAAGGAGUGGCCGGAAUGCCUGGUAUCCCCGGGCCAAAAGGGGACAGAGGUUCUCCUGGUAUGGAUGGUUUCCAAGGUAUGCUUGGGUUUAAAGGAAGACCCGGAUAUCCAGGAAACAAAGGAGAGGCUGGAUUUUUUGGACUUCCUGGUCCAAAAGGUCUGGCUGGUGAACCAGGUGUUAAAGGCAGCCGUGGGGAUCCUGGCCCCCCAGGACCACCUCCCAUCAUCCUGCCAGGAAUGAAAGACAUUAAGGGGGAAAAGGGGGAUGAAGGGCCUAUGGGAUUGAAAGGAUACCUGGGCUUAAAAGGUCUUCAAGGCAUGCCAGGGGUCCCUGGGCUGUCAGGAAUCCCUGGGUUACCUGGGAAGCCUGGCCACAUCAAAGGAACAAAAGGAGACACCGGAGUCCCUGGAGUGCCCGGUUUACCAGGCUUCCCUGGUGUGACUGGUCCCCCAGGGAUUAUAGGAUUUCCAGGAUUCACUGGGAGUAGGGGUGAAAAGGGUGCUCCUGGGAGAGCUGGCCUUUUCGGGGAGAUUGGACCCACGGGUGAUUUCGGUGAUGUUGGAGACACCAUAGAUUUACCAGGAAGCCCAGGCCUGAAGGGAGACCGGGGCGUUACUGGAACCCCAGGUCAAAAGGGAGUCUUUGGAGAGAAAGGAGCAGAGGGCAGCCUUGGCUUCCCUGGGAUAGCAGGCAUGAAAGGAGCCCAGGGUCCUCCCGGACUGAAAGGACAAACAGGCUUCCCAGGGUUAACAGGACUUCAGGGACCACAGGGGGACCCAGGACGAGUUGGACUGCCUGGCGAAAAAGGAAAUUAUGGUUGGCAAGGGGUUCCAGGUUUGCCAGGUACUCCGGGAAUCCGAGGAAUCAGUGGAUUACACGGUCUGCCAGGCACCAAAGGCCUUCCAGGAUCCCCAGGUGCGGACAUCAGUGGGGACCCAGGCUUCCCAGGUACCACUGGGGACAGAGGUGACCGAGGAGAGCCCAACACCUUUCCAGGCCCUGUGGGAAUACCAGGACCAAAAGGAGAGCAAGGAGCACCAGGGGAACGAGGCCCAGUUGGGAGUCCAGGGCUGCAGGGUUUUCCAGGCAUCACUCCCCCUUCCAACAUCUCUGGCUUACCCGGUGACAAAGGGGCCCCGGGGAUAUUCGGCCUGCAAGGUUACCGAGGCCCCCCAGGACCCCCUGGACCUGCGGCUCUUCCCGGCAGCAGAGGAGAUGCUGGGAAUCCUGGAACUCCAGGAAACCCAGGGACCAAAGGAUGGGUAGGGGACCCUGGACCCCAAGGCAGACCCGGUGUGUUUGGUGUACCUGGAGAAAAAGGUCCCAGAGGUGAACAAGGACUCAUGGGGAACACCGGUGCCACAGGGAGUGUGGGUGACAGAGGCCCCAAAGGACCCAAAGGAGACAGAGGACUCCCAGGUGCCGCUGGUUCUUUAGGAUCCCCAGGGAUUGCAGGAAUCCCCCAGAAGAUAGCUGCUGAACCAGGGACGAUGGGUCCCCAUGGAAGGAGAGGUCUUCCUGGUGCACCUGGAGAGAUGGGGCCCCAGGGCCCUCCAGGAGACCCAGGUUUGCGUGGGGCACCAGGAAAGUCAGGACCCCAGGGAAGAGGUGGCGUGUCUGCUGUCCCGGGAUUCCGGGGAGACCAAGGACCCAUGGGCCAUCAGGGGCCAGUUGGCCAAGAAGGGGAGCCCGGCCGCCAGGGGAGCCCCGGCCUACCGGGCAUGCCGGGUCGCAGCGUCAGCAUCGGCUAUCUCCUGGUGAAGCACAGCCAGACAGACCGGGAGCCCAUGUGCCCCGUUGGCAUGAACAAGCUCUGGAGUGGAUACAGCCUGCUGUACUUUGAAGGCCAGGAGAAAGCCCACAACCAGGAUCUGGGACUGGCAGGCUCCUGCCUGGCGCGGUUCAGCACCAUGCCCUUCCUCUACUGCAACCCUGGUGACAUCUGCUACUAUGCCAGCCGGAACGACAAGUCCUACUGGCUCUCCACCACUGCCCCGCUGCCCAUGAUGCCUGUGGCCGAAGAUGAAAUCAGGCCCUACAUCAGCCGCUGCUCCGUGUGCGAGGCCCCGGCUGUUGCCAUCGCGGUCCACAGUCAAGAUGUGUCCAUCCCCCACUGCCCAGCCGGGUGGCGGAGUUUGUGGAUCGGCUAUUCCUUCCUCAUGCACACAGCCGCAGGGGAUGAAGGUGGCGGACAGUCGCUGGUGUCUCCGGGCAGCUGUCUGGAGGACUUCCGGGCCACACCUUUCAUCGAAUGCAACGGGGCCCGCGGCACCUGCCACUACUACGCCAACAAGUACAGCUUCUGGCUCACCACCAUCCCCGAGCAGAACUUCCAGGGCUCCCCGUCGGCCGACACCCUCAAAGCCGGGCUCAUCCGGACACACAUCAGCCGUUGCCAGGUGUGCAUGAAGAACCUGUGACCGGCUCAUCCGGACACACAUCAGCCGAUGCCAGGUGUGCUCGAAGAACCUGUGAUGCUCGGCCCGGGAGGGAGACCAGAGAGUGCUGUCUGCUAAAGUCGACAUUCGCGUCGGGAAGGUCCAUUUCGGUGCUUAUUCUUAACAUAAUACCUCAGAUGCUGACCCCAAAAUUGAUUGUUUUUUUCUUUAAAAAUAUAAAAAAAAAACCAAUAAAGUCUACCAAAGGAAUUCAGCACCAGCAUUUACACCAAUAGCCACUUUGCUCCUGUAACAGGCUCUGGCCACUGUAACUUGACUCCAGAAUGAAGCCCUGCCUCUGCGUGACUCCCUGAACCCUCAAAAUAGAUAACCAAUAACAGGUCAAGCACUCCCAAUCAGGUCAUACUAGAUGAUCACACCACUAAGUAUACUAGCUACUCAGUCUUUACCUAUAUAGUCAUUGUACUUUCCAGUGCCACAGACAGCUCACUUUAUUUUCAUGGAGUGGUACAAACAAGACGGCAGCGAUCAAAGGUCGCAGCCUGGGACACCCUAAUGCCCAAUGGGCUCCUGGGAGUCUCCUGUGGAUGGUGGGUCUCGCCCUUUUUUCUACCCAACAUUAUAACAGCCCUAUUUUCUCUCAAAUCCUCUUCUCAGUCCACUCUCUGUGGCUGUGAGUUGUCCUCAGCCCCUCAGGAGGGCCAAGUGGGUUUCUUAUUUUUAAAAAGUACCUACCUGAUCUUCACACACCAACUAUCAUUCUUCCCCCCACCCUCCCACAUCCUGCCAGAGCGUGGGAUUUGGCAGAACUCACAGAGAAAUGGCAAUCUUUAAAGCUAGUCUGUUCCCAACAGCGCAACUUGAAGAUAAACUUUGUAAAGUCAGCAGUGAUUUUCUACUGCCCCAAGUUAUCCGGAAGAUUUUACCCUCCAUAUAUACAUGAUUUUUUUUAGUUGUAUUUUUAUGAUUACUCUAUCCUUGUCUAACUACCACAAAAUAAAACUUGGUUUUGAACCUUUUUAAACCCUAA